ACUGAUACCAUUUUGAGAGCCAAAAGUUUAUUCAACUAUUGUCACCCAUUCCAGGUAGGCAAUAAAAAGUUCUAAUGGAUUCACUUUGUAUUCGUCUUUUUCCUGCUUCACAAAGGUAGACAGCAGCUUGAUAAAGCCAUGACGGCAAUUAUUUUAUAUCCAAUUAGUUUGCAGUUCCUCAUAUAUAGACACACAUCAAUUUCAAACAGAUGGUAUCGGUAUCGGCCAAUACUGCACAGCUAGGUAUCAGGGCCAAAAAAUGGCAAUUGGUGCUGAAUUGAUCCAUCUUUGGUAUCUGAUAGAUCCUAUGUCUGUUAUAAGACUGUUUAUCGUUAGAUUCUGUUCUGCUUCCUCAUAUAUGAAAAAUAGUUAUGGAAAGUUAUGCUAGACGGUACUGCUGUCCUCUUGAUAUAGGCUGUAGAAACGGUCUAAGCAUCUUAGAUAUUCAACAUUGGCUAAUUGAUUGCAGGUUUAUGGUUUAUUUAGUAUGCUGACCAACAGCUUAGACAGAAAUAUGUAUUUCUCAGCUUUUUGUUGGAUUUCCCUGUGUUAGCUGCAGUUCUUGUUGCAGGCGUUCUAAGGGCAGCCUGGUACAUUCCUUCCAAUAUACAGCCUUCCAUAUGAGCUCACCUUCAGCACUCAUCAAACACGCACACAGAGACUCUGAAGCCAUAACUGGAACUGUGUUUUAGACGAAGGGCACGGUGGCGAUAAGCUCUGAAGUGUGUGGCUAAAUGUAGAAGUCAGAGGUGAUAAGAGGUGGCUGAUGAGCCGACAUUCAACCAUCACAGCACACGGUCAAGAACAAGGCAGUUCUCUAACAGCCUGGAGGCGGUUAGAGCGAAACAAAGACACUGGAAGUUUCCUUUAAACAAAAAGGACAUCAGCUUUUUUCUCUCUUGGAUAAGAAGUGGAAAAUCUUAGGAGUCCAAGGAGAGACCAGGAAAGCCAUUCAGUGCAUUACAAUACUGUAAACCACUGUUUGUUAUUGGAUAUAAAGUAGAGCUGAAAAAUCCAGGAAGGAAGGCUGGAAGAGAGGAAGCCCCUGCAGGAUACGGAGACAAAACUACAGGUCAAAGAGGUGACCAGCAUGGAGGCAGAAAAUGAUUCGGCUGCUUUAUCAUCAGAUGGAGGGGUGGAAAAAAUGUUAAAAGUGGAGGAAAAGAGAGAGGAGUUUCUCCAAGAGACGAUGGAGACGUCUGUGACAAUGGUUCUUCAUCAAACUGGAUUAGUGGAGGAGAGAAAUGAAGAAGAAACCAAAGAGGAUGGAAAUGAAGGAACGGAGGAUGGGAAGGAGGAAGAGGAGGAGGAAGAGGAGACUAAAACAAAAGAGGUUUUAGGACAUUGGGAGGCUGAGGCCUCCACAGAUGAAAAGCCUCCACUGCCUGAUCCAGCCUUUAACAGAAGAUGCAGUUUGAUCCUCAGUGAUGUCAGGUAUAAGGAGGACUUUGAGAAGAUGAAGGGUCAGAGUCGGUUUGUGCCUGGAGCUGAGCUCAUCCACUCCAAGAACAUCAGCGCUGUGAUCUCUGAGUCGAAGUACAAGGAGGAGGGGAAGAAGGAGGCGUCAAUGUCUCUGUACUCCAUCCUGCCUGAAACUCCACAGACGCAGCACGCUAAAGAAGCUUCAGAGCUGCAGAGCGAGGUCAGACAUCUCCACAUCUGAUCCACUUCUAUGGCCCCGCUGCAGAAAUACUGAGAAUAAUUCCAUCACUGGAUGUUAUCAUGUAGGACAAGGAGAUACGCUUUAAUUUCCGAAAGAAAUACAAUAGAAAACGGAAAAAUUUUGAUUAUUAAACAGGACAUUU